AUGGAUUUCUCUUCUUCCUUUAAGAAUCUUAAAUCUCAUGGUUCAUACAAACACUCAAGAAGGAUCUCAGCCGGUGGUGUCGUCGACGAUACACAUCGCGAACAACAACCAAUUCUCUCCGAUCACCACCGGGACAGCACAACUGACGAUCAUAAUCAGAUAAUAAUGAGAAGCACAAACUCUAACGAUCUCAACGACGACCGCCGGGAAGUUAUCGUGAAAAUAGACGGUGACGAUUACAUUAGCAGUAAUAACGUCAUGGAGGCUGAUCAUAAUAAGAUUUGGCACGAAACCACCUACGAUUUCUGGAAAGAUGAUGAGAGAAGUGGCAACAAUGGAAAUGGACGGGGACAGGGAUUUGAGUUUCAGCAAAAACGUAGUGACGUUGUGGACGACCCGCCGUCGAAGCUGAUUGGUCAGUUUUUGAAUAAACAGAUGGCGUCUGGGGGUGAGAUGUCGUUGGACAUGGAUUUGGAGAUGGACGAGCUACGUCAUGGUCAUCAAAACAACCACCACAAUUUUCCGCCUAUUUCCGAAACGGAAAAUAGCAACCAUAUUAAUGGUAAAGCUUCGAUUUCAAAAGAUUUAAGAGUUUCUUUCCAAGACCCCAAACUAAACGUGGUUGAUAUUGCGUCUGAACCUGUUGAAAAGAGGUAUAAAGACAAAGGUUCAUCCGAGGACAAUAAGGAUGAACACGUACAACAACAUCAUAACAGGAGGCGAUCGUCAAAUGUGCCCGCGGUUAAUGAUAAUAAUGGCAAUGGCGGUGGCGGUGGCGGUGAGGUGUUGAGGUGUACGUCGUUCCAGAAGAGAGCAAGUAUGAUGAGGAUGAAGACGAAAUCGAGGUUGAUAGACCCACCACAGCCGGAGAUGAGAUCACAGAGAGUUGGGAAGUCAGGUCCAAUGAGGUCUGGGAUGUUAGGUAGGGCUUCUGGGAUGUUGGGAAAGCUAGGUGACGAUGAAGAGGAUGACUCGUUAUUCGAUGAAGAUCUUCCUGAUGAGUUUAAGAAGGCAAAACUUAAUGCAUUGACUCUGGCUCAAUGGGUUAGUCUUGUUUUGAUUGUAACAGCUUUGAUUUGUACUCUUUCAAUUUCUAAGUGGAAGGAAAAAAAGCUACGGGGACUUGAACUCUGGAAAUGGGAUGUUUUGGUUCUUGUCCUGAUAUGUGGAAGAUUGGUGUCCGGUUGGGGGAUUAGAAUUGUUGUUUUCUUUAUUGAGAGGAACUUUCUUUUGCGUAAACGAGUUCUGUAUUUUGUUUAUGGGGUGAGAAAAGCAGUUCAGAACUGCAUUUGGUUGGGUUUGGUUUUGACUGCUUGGCAUUCUAUGUUUGAUAAGAAGGUUGAGGGUAGUAAUAAGUUCCUUUGGUUUGUGAAUAGACUUAUGGUUUGUAUGCUGGUGGCUACAUUGUUAUGGCUAGUGAAGACCCUCAUAAUUAAAGUCCUUGCAUCUUCCUUCCAUGUGAGCACUUUUUUUGAUCGAAUCCAGGAUUCAUUGUUCAAUCAAUACGUGAUUGAAACGUUAUCUGGUCCACCAUUGAUUGAAAUACACAACAAUGAGAAAGAAGAAGAGAGGACAAUGGCUGAGGUAUGGAAGCUUCAAAAUGCAGGGGCUACCGUGCCCCCUGACCUCAGGGCAUAUGCUUUCCCACCAACUAAGAGUGGGAGGGUGAUAGGGGGUGGAGGACCUCUGAGAGCACCAGUUGGAGGAGUGAGCCUUAAAGUUUCCGGCCCAAUUUCCAAAAAUCAGAAUGAGGGGAUUACAAUUGAUCACUUGCAUAGGAUGAAUCCUAAGAACAUCUCUGCCUGGAAUAUGAAGAGGCUGGUGAAAAUAGUUCGACAUGGUGUCAUAUCUACCCUGGAUGAGCAGAUACUAGAUACAACACAAGAAGAUGAGUCUACAACACAGAUUAGAAGUGAAUUUGAGGCAAAAGUGGCGGCUAGGAAGAUAUUCCAAAAUGUGGCAAGGCCUAGGUCCAACUGGGCAAGAAUUUAG